AUGAAACAUAAUAAUGUUAUUCCAAAUGCUCACUUUCAUAAAAAGUGGCAAUUACAUGUUCGUACUUGGUUUGAUCAACCAGGUCGUAAAACACGUCGUCAUCAAAAACGUUUAGCUAAAGCUCAACGUGUUGCACCUCGACCAGCAAAAGGUUCAUUACGGCCAGUUGUUCGUGGUACAACACGUCGUUAUAAUAUGAAAGUACGUGCUGGACGUGGUUUUUCAUUGGAUGAAAUAUGUGCUGCUGGUCUUCAUCCAACUUAUGCACGAACAAUCGGUAUUUCAGUUGAUCAUCGACGACGCAAUAAAUCAACUGAAGCUUUUCAACUUAAUGUUCAACGUUUAAAACAAUAUCUUGGUAAACUUAUCUUAUUUCCAUUAAAAGCUGAUAAACCAAAGAAAAAUGAUGCUAAACCCGAAGAAAUUAAAUUGGCUACACAACUUAAGAAACAAAAAGUUAUGCCAAUUAAACAACGAGUACAACGUGAAAAAGCUCGUCCAAUUAAUGAUGCUGAUACUAAAUUCAACGCUUAUCAAGCUUUACGUAUGGCACGUGCUGAUGCUAAAUUAAUUGGACAACGUGAAAAGAAAGCUAAACAAGCAGCUGAAGAUGAAAAGAAACCUAAAAAAGAGAAAUGA